GACGAUUCUCGAAUCGUACGCAUUGACGUUUGUUGACAAGUUGUUGAACGAUAAUAGGUUUUGAAUUAUGUCAGGUAAACCACGUCCGUGUGGUUGCAAGGGUUACCGCUCUUGUUUAUUGUGUGAAAGAGAAUUCAAUCUGCUACCGUUUAAGGAUGACAUUUUUACAGCUGAUUCACUUAAAGAGCAAGGAAUUCCAUCAUAUAUUUAUUGCCCUUCAUGUAACUUAGCUUGGCCAGGAUGGGAUUGUGAUGCAGAUGAACAUCCAAAUCACAGUGGAGAACCAAUAGCAUUUCCUGGGAUUUACAUUCAACCAGAAUUUUUUACUGAAAAGGAAAUGAUUGAGCUUAUGAAUUCAUUUGAUUCCAUUCCAUGGGAAUCUUCUGUCAGUGGAAGACGAAAGCAGAAUUUUGGACCUAAAACAAAUUUUAAGAAGAGGAAACUUCAACUUGGUAGUUUUAAAGGAGUUCCAAGCUUUUCCCGGUUAUUUCAAGAAAGGAUUCAAAGUGUUCCUCUUUUGAGAGAUUAUCACACAAUUGAACAAUGCAGUUUGGAAUAUGAUCCAGUACGGGGUGCUUCCAUUGAGCCACAUAUAGAUGACUGUUGGGUUUGGGGCGAGCGUAUCGUAACCCUCAAUUUAGCCGGCGACAGCUAUCUUACGAUGACAAAGUAUCAUGGGGGCGAUGAUAAAUAUAAUUUGCAACAAGUUGAUGUAGAGCUACCCAAAGCAGAAGAUAUUCCUGAUAUUUGUGUGAGGAUUCCGCAACCGGCAAGAUCUUUGGUUGUUAUUUAUGGUUCUGCUCGUUAUCAAUGGUUACAUUGCGUGCUCCGACGUGAUAUUAGGGAGCAACGGGUUUGCAUUGCCUUGAGAGAAUUCACCAAACAGUUUCUGGAUCCAAACGAUAGUACGGGACAGGCUGUUUUAAAAGCUGCAUCAAAUUAUUUUGAUUGUGACAAACAAUGUUAGCUUGAAAAUAUAAAAAAUUUAGGCAACAUC